AUGGCCAACUUGCUGACCAAUAUAGUGGCAAGGAGCACCCUCCUCAGCGCACUGGAGGAGAAGAGGCGCCACCAGAUGAAGAAAUAUCUGCUCCAUCGGCUGUUCUUUGUUGCACUGUUGCGAGAAGAUGCAAAUAACAUAGAGGUUACAGCGUACCAUGAACGGCUUUUCCAGAAGAUUGCAAAGUUCCAUUUGGGGGAAUCUGCCUCAGGCGUCCUUCUGAUCUACUCUCACUGCAUUCUCCACAUUCUUGAGGCAUCCAGUGGCACAUUGUACCACAUCCUUAUGGACCUAGCAGCAGUUGAAAGGAAGGGCCCAAAUGCUUUAAUACAAGAUGUAAAGAUAUUAGUGAUGUCUCACAACAUCCCAACCAGGCUCUUCACCCAAUGGUACGCAACCACUGUGGAGGUCCCUGUAACUCUCGAAGAUGUGACACAGACACAGACAACAGAGGAAGUGAUUACGGAGUGCCUCACCCUCAUCCUCAAGCUGGGAGUUUAUCUUGCAACACUCAAGGUGGGCAAUAAGGGGCUCAGCGACUGCCUCCACACAGUUGUGCCUGAACUUCUGAUCCCAGCAGAAACCAUCAAGUAUUUGUGUAGGUCUAAGGAAUGCCUGAGCCCAGCACAAUUUCUGGCGAUGUACAACAAUCCUUUGCAGCCGAAAAUGGAUUCAGAAUCAGUGUGGCCCACUCCUGCUCAUAUGACUGCAUGA